AUGAGUAGCAAGUUUCUGGACCGCCUGGAGGAAAUCAGGGAGGGCGCGACGCCGCGCUUGGGAUUCGGGACGACGCGCCCCCCCAAACUGCCCGGCCUGGGCCUGAUCAUCACCGCCGACGGAGGGAAGAAUGGAGCAUCGGCUGCCGGAGGUCUGGCCCCCGACGCAGUGGUCAUUUCCGGGUCUCCUGUGGUGCAGGCAGGCGAGAUUGCGGAGGCAGCUGCGAGCGUCAAUUGGGGCGUCCGUGCCGACGGUUUGACCUCCGCCGAUGCAGCUUCAUGGAGAGAGGCCGGAGCCGACCUUCUGGUCUUCUCACUGUCCGGCACUGCUCUGGGAGCGGUUACGUCGAAGGAUGCGGCACGUGUGCUGGCCGUGAAUUCCGACUCCUCUCCCGAGGAGCUGCGGGACAUUAACCCUCUGCCCGUGGACGCCGUGCUGGUAUCGCUGCCCGGGGAUCCGGCCGGAUGGACACUGCAGGACCUGGCGGGACUUGCCAGGGUCAGCGGCCGCGUUGGGAAAUACCUCUUGGCCGAAAUCUCGGGCGCGCCCGACGGCGAUACGCUGGAAGCGCUUCGCAACGCUGGAGUCGCGGGUUUGGUCAUGGACCUGUCAGCGGGGGAAGACACCAUCAAGGGCCUGAAAGAAUCCUUAUUGGAAAUGCCCCGGCCCGGCUCCGACGGCCGUUCCCGCUCCAACGCGAUCUUGCCCGGCUCGGUAUAUGCCGACCGGCGUCCCGCUCAGGCAGAUCCGGAACCGGACGACGACGACGAUUAG